AAUUUCUUUUCAUUUCGGUCGGUCGGAAGUGUUUACAUCGGUUUGUGAGCAAAAAGUGAAUUCCUCAGCAAGGAAGUUAUGUUUUUCUUGUGAUUAAAGUGCUUUAUCGAAUUCAACAGUUAAUUGUUUCGUUGCAUUUACAAACAAUCGGUGCACGUUUUGCCGCCUAAAUAUGGAAACCAGUAGCAACGGCUCAGUGAAGCUUGAGAAACACCUAAAGCUGCUAAAAGAAGAAUACACCAAGCUGCAAAAAAACUAUGCCGAAUUGGAACGAAAAUACAGUAAAGCCGCUGCAUCUAACGAUGACGUGGGCGAAUUCAGCAGCUUUGUGUCCCGUCUUGUAAUGACUGUCGCAACUCUGUAUGGACGUAAGACUUACUCGGACAUAACGGUAAAGCUUAAGGACAAAACUAUGCCCGCUCAUAAGUUUGUGUUGAACGCACGCAGCGAAGAAUGGCGCGAGGAAGUAAUAGCAGACAAGGCAGAGUUGGACUGGUCCGACCUGGAGGCCGAUGUGGGUUUUGCGCUACUUCGUUGGAUCUACACCGACGUUGUGGACCUGCAGCAUGAUUCGCUAGCGUUGGAUUUGCUGAAAACGGCCCAUCGGUUCAAACUGCCAGGGCUGAUGGGUUUAUGCGAACGGGCCUUGGUGUCAUCGGUAUCGGUUCGUUCGUGUGUGCGAUUUUACUGUGUAGCCGAAGAAGUGGGAGCCGCCAAUCUGCUAGAGUACUGUUCCGGUUUGAUAUCGACCCACUGGGAUGAUUUGACUCCACAGGAUUUUGAGCAUAUGUCCGGUCCGUUGUUGUACAAAAUGCUCAAAAGUAAGACGAAACAUCCGUUGCAUGCUGCCGUGCGGUUGCUGCGUGAGGAUGUUGUUUUCCUGUGUUUGGUGGAGAACGAUGGCUCGCCUUUGUCCUCUAUGGGAUCCGAAUAA